AUGGAAAACUGUGAUCUAGGCAUAUCUACAAAGAGAAUACAUGAAGAGAGAGCUACAAUGGAAGGGCUUGAUAGAAUUACAUCUGUUCUGCCAGAUUCUAUCGUUCACCGUAUCCUGACGUUUCUACCUACAAAAGUUGCUGCUCGAACCCAAAUCUUGUCCAAGAGACGGAAGGCUCUCUGGCUUAGUUUCCCAUUUCUCAACCUCCAUGAGAUCUGGUUUGAUCAUGAUGAUGAUAAUGUGGAAACUAGCUGCAGAGUUAGAUUUCUUUGUCAUAUGGAGCGAACUCUUAGACUUUGUAAUCUGGAGCAAAUUAAGAGGCUGAGUUUCUCCACUAUCAGUCCCCAUGACACCGCACUUGUAAGUCUUCUUGAUACUUGUCUAGCGUCUGUCAUGAAAGGCAAGAUCAUAGAACUUGAUCUUAACCUUCAAGGCACACAUAAUCCAAAACGUGGACUUUGUGACCACUAUAUCUUGCCCCAGGACAUCUUCUCUAAUGGAUCACAUUUGGUUACUAUAGCAUUAGAAGUAUGCCAAUUUGGAUCUUAUGAUGCCAUGAAUUUCCCAUCUCUUAGAAACUUUACAAUGAGAGAUGUGCAUAUGCAUCUCGUCCACUCAAACUUCGUUUUCUUUUGA